ACUCUUCAAGACUCAAUUGAAGCUUAGAAAAAUUUUAGCCCGCCCUUGUCUUCUUGCUUUGCUUAAUUCAUUCUCAGCCAUGGCGUCAGAGACUGUGAAGCUCUUGGGCUUAUGGGCGAGCCCAUUUGUGCUCCGCGCGUGCAUCGCCUUCAACAUCAAGUCUGUAGCUUACGAGUUCGUGGAGGAGAAUUUGGCGGCCAAGAGUGACCUUCUACUCAAAUCUAAUCCAGUUUACAAGAAAAUCCCUGUUAUCAUUCACGACCAAAAACCCGUUUGCGAGUCCCUCAUAAUUGUCCAGUACAUUGAUGAGGUCUGGACUUCCGGUCCGGCUAUCAUGCCUGCAGAUCCUUAUGACCGGGCUAUCCACCGCUUCUGGGCCACUUAUAUUGACGAUAAGUGGUACCCAAAACUGCGUACCAUAGCAGCUGCUGAGGAUGAGGAAGCCAGAAAGGCAGCCAUAGGCGAGGUUGAAGAAGGCUUGGGGGUUUUGGAGGGUGCCUUCCAAAGCUGCAGCAAAGGGAAGAACUUCUUUGGCGGAGACAAAAUAGGGUUCUUGGACAUUGCACUGGGAUGCUUAGUGGGAUGGAUAAGGGUCAUCGAGGCAUUUAACAGCAUUAACUUGCUGGAUGAAGCAAAGGUUCCUGGUUUGGCCAAUUGGGCACAAGAUUUCAUCGCUGAUGAUGCCGUGAAGGAUGUGAUGCCUUCAACUGAGAAACUAGCCGAGUUUGCAAAGACGCUCUUCACCCAUAUGAAACCCCAAUAAUCUUAAAAGACCCUUAAUUGAUUGCUUGAGAAUUGAGAUGUAUAGUAGUCUGCUACUCUGUUGCUCAUUCAACUAUGUAUCUUGAGAUCUCCUACUUAUUGUUCUGCUUCUGCAAAUUUGCUGCUUAGCAAAUCAACUUUAGGUCUUUAAAUUUUGAAUAUCAUAAUGUUAAAUAAGUCACACCUGUGUGAUACCAUUUUACCAA